UAUAUAUUAAGUGGUUCAGCCCUUUAAAGUAGACUGUUCAGUACAUUCUUAAGCUUUUGCCUACUUAUAUCCAUAAAGGCAGAGAGUGAAGAGAUUCAAAGGACAAGAAUGGGGAAGGCAUUUCUCUUAAUUGUGAGUUUGCUCCUACUGCAAAGAUCACUGGUCUGUUCCUACAAGCUGGUUUGUUACUACACAAACUGGGCUCAGUACAGACCAUCCCUUGGUAGAUUUAUUGCAACUGAUGUUGAUCCCUACCUGUGCACCCAUCUGAUUUAUGCCUUUGCCAGCAUGAGAGAUAACAAACUCACCACCCAUGAAUGGAAUGAUGAAAUUAUGUAUGUGAAAUUCAAUGAUCUGAAAAAAAGAAAUUCUAAGCUGAAAACACUUUUGGCUAUUGGAGGUUGGCACUUUGGUUCCAAGAGAUUUACCAGAAUGGUGGCUACAUCUCAAACUCGCAAAACAUUUAUCGAUUCUUCAAUCCUCUUCCUGCGGAAGCACGGAUUUGAUGGCUUAGACCUGGAUUGGGAGUAUCCUGGAUCCCAAGGAAGUCCACCGACAGAUAAACAACGUUUCACAAUCUUGGUUAAGGAAUUGCUGGAUGCCUUUAAAAAGGAGGCACAAUCUUCUGGCAAGGACAGACUCCUUCUCACAGCUGCAGUUGCUGCUGGAAAAGAAACCAUUGAUGCCGCAUAUGAGAUACCUGAAAUUUCAAAAUACUUGGACUUCAUCUCUGUCAUGACAUAUGAUUAUCAUGGCUCUUGGGAGAAAGUUACUGGACACAACAGCCCUCUGUAUCGUGGCUCCACUGACCGAGGCCAAUUUAUUUACUACAAUGUUAAAUUCACUAUGAACUACUGGAGGGAAAAUGGCGCCCCAGCAGAGAAACUGAUUGUUGGAUUCCCAACAUAUGGACGUACCUUCACCCUAAGCACUUCCCAAACAGGUGUCGGUGCUCCAGCAUCAGGUCCUGGUCAAGCUGGAGCAGUCACCAGGAAAGCUGGAUACUGGUCCUACUAUGAGAUCUGUCAAUUUCUGAAAAGUGCUGCCGUUAAUUUUAUUGAAGAUCAGAAAGCUUCUUAUGCGGUCAUUGGUAAUCAAUGGAUUGGAUAUGACGAUCCCCAGAGUUUUACGACCAAAGUUCAGUGGCUGAAGAAUCACAAUUUUGGAGGAGCUAUGGCAUGGGCUUUGGAUCUGGAUGAUUUUUCUGGAAAUAUGUGUAAUCAAGGACUUUACCCUUUGAUCAAUACAUUGAAGUCCCUCCUGAAUUUUGAAAAUUCUGAUAAUAAUUCAAUAGCACAUAAUGCAAGUUCAUCUGAACCCACAUCUCUUGAGCCACUUGUUCCAACUUUAACUGCACCUACUGAUCCUCAUACAAAUACGAGCAACUGGUGCCAUGGCAAAACCACAGGGUUAUAUGCUGAUCCAAAUGAUCAUCAAAAAUUUUACAACUGUUUGGAUGGACAAACCUUCUACCUGACUUGUCCUGAAAACUUGAUCUUUAAUAAAAAUUGUAAUUGUUGCACUUGGCCUUAAUUAUUGUAACGGAGGUGAACAUGUUUGUUCAUGACAAAUGUCAUCAAAAUAUAAAUGAAAUCUCAAAGUACAUAAUAAGAGCAUGAAUUCAGCUUUGUCAUUAUAGCUACCAGAAUUGCAUUGAUGUACUUUCAUUUUACUAAACGGAUUGUUGGAAUACGCUUAUUUGUUCGUGAGGAAAGAUGCUUUUUAACUUUUAAUGAAAUAGAGAAUCACGCAAAGGUAAUUUUUUGACUAUUUGUCAAUACAACCAUGUACAAUGGAGUCAAGAAAGAUCCUGAGAACAAUUGUGUUGAUUUUGAAAUUGGGUCUGGACACAGUGAAACAAAAGAGCAUUCUUAAUUCAUUAAAGUUGUCUCAUUUUUUCUGAA